GUGGUCUGCUCAGGUCUGCUGUGGUCCGCUGUCCUGGUCCGUAUCGAACGGAUCCAUUUUGCGCGAUUAACUUCGAUUAUUUCGCUUCUUGUUUCGCUCGUUCUCGAUUGUCAUCAAAGAAAAACUUUUUUUUUUUUAAAAUGAUACCAAACUGCAUCAGAAACAUGGGCGCGCAAACGUCAAAACGAAAUUUCGGGAGCUGGAACGAGGUGGUGUCUUAUUUCUUUAACAAGAAGAAUAAUUAUGCCACGGAAGCUACGUUUGAAACCAAACCUUUUCGGCUACACAAAUUGGACAAUGGACCAUCUACCCGUGUCACUUGUACCAGAGACGAAGCCUUAGAUAUUUACAAGAAGCUACACACAAUCCGUCGUAUGGAAACAGCAGCUGGUAACCUCUAUAAAGAAAAAAUUGUCAGAGGUUUCUGUCAUUUGUAUACCGGUCAAGAAGCUUGUGCAGUUGGAAUGAAAGCAGCCCUUAGGCCACAAGACUCUGUAAUCACUGCUUAUCGUGCUCAUGGAUGGACUUAUUUGAUGGGAAUAGAACCUGUUGGAGUUCUAAGCGAAUUAACUGGUAGGAAAGGAGGUAAUGCAAAAGGUAAAGGUGGUUCUAUGCAUAUGUAUGCCAGGAACUUUUAUGGUGGAAACGGCAUUGUCGGCGCUCAAGUGCCACUGGGAGUUGGAAUUGCUCUUGCUCAGAAAUACAUGAACACAGGAGGUGUGUGCCUUGCAUUGUAUGGAGAUGGUGCAGCUAAUCAAGGACAGGUAUUCGAAGUGUAUAACAUGGCAAAGUUGUGGGAUAUUCCCUGCAUCUUUGUUUGCGAGAACAACGGAUACGGUAUGGGUACUAGCGUCGAUCGUGCUUCCGCGAGCACAGACUAUUAUACAAGAGGAGAUUUCGUCCCUGGAAUUUGGGUGGACGGUAUGGAUGUUCUGGCAGUUAGGGAAGCUACCAGAUUCGCUAUAGACUAUUGCACAUCCGGUAAAGGUCCGCUCGUCAUGGAGACUGUAACCUACAGAUACAGCGGUCAUAGUAUGUCCGAUCCUGGAACUAGUUAUCGUACAAGAGAAGAAAUCCAGGAAGUAAGACAGACUCGAGACCCUCUUACUGGUUUCAAAGAACGAAUUUUGGACGCUAAUCUUGUUACCCCGGAUGAAAUAAAAGCUAUAGAAACCGAAAUAAGGAAAACGGUAGAUGACGCUGUGAAAACUGCAAAGGCGGACACUGAACUUCCAAACAACGAGCUUACCGCUGAUAUUUAUGCUGAAUGUUUAGAAAAAGAAAUUCGUAACAUAACUCCGUUCAAUCCUCUGUCGCAUACGAGGAUAGGUCCAGCUGUUAACGCCUAGAACAAUUUUCUAGAAAAGACCUUAAACGAAUUAAAUCAUAUGAAAUCUCAUAUAUUAUAAAAACACCUGCCACUGAUAAAGUUCAUAGCUUGUACAGAGGACCUAGAAAUUUAGGCAAAACCAUAGGAAAUCCUUGGAUAAUGGUUUCGUUUACCACUUACAGUUCGGUUGUAUAUAUACGCAGUAUAUAUUUAUUUUAUUUAUAGAUGUAUAAAUAGUACCUGAAAGGAAUGGGUACGCGUUCUAGACCGAUUAAUGGAAGAUAUAAUAUCCACUGCCACGUUGUAACCGGCGAUCUUUCAUGUAAAUACAAUACAUUAAUCACUGUGAAUCACGACAGUAAAUGUAUUUAGGACAAUUCGAAGGACAAUACGCUAUUAUUCGCUCUUUUAUCCUCGGUGUUACCGUACAGUGCCAUUCAUGCUUAUUAUUUCAUGUUAAUAGAACAAUUGAACAUUGCUACACUUGUAAAAUAUUACAAAUAAUACAAAACGUAAUUAAAACAGAAGCCUUUACUUGAAAUUCAAUAAAAACGUUAUUUAUAA